GCUGGUGAGUGCUAGCAGCGAGUCAGCAGUCACUAUUGAGCGCGCCCGGACGUCUCCCGAGGCUUGGCGCGUUGCGAGCUGCAAUGUACACCAAUCUUCAUUUUCUCCCCAUCGCCGUGUGCGUUACAUUAUUGUGUAACGUCAUCAUAACGUACGCGUGGGCGGUGUCUCUGGGCCACGUCGCCGCGGGCUUCCCCUACAUCAGCGACGCCGGGUCUCUGCCCCCGGAGAGCUGCUUCUUCUCGCUGCUGCUGCACGUCACAGCGCUGCUGACGGCGAGCUGCGUGUACCUGCAGUACCGCGCCCUCGGAGAACUGCUGGCCGACAACAAGUGCGGCGUGUCGCAGCGCCUUAACGCCUCGGCGGCCUGGCUGGGCGUGGCCGCGAGCCUGGGACUGGGCGUGCUCGCCAGCUUUCAGCAGUCGAGCGUGCCGCUGGUGCACCUGGUGGGCGCCGGCGUCUGCUUCGCGGGCGGCACCGUAUACUUCUGCUGGCAGACGUGGUUCAGCUACAGCCUGCGCCAGUGGCGGCCCGUCAGCCCGUGUCUGCUGCGCCUGAGACUCUGCCUGAGCCUCGUCUGCCUGCUGCUCAUGGCGCUCGCGUGCGCCACGGCGCUGGUCUCGCUCACGCAGUUCGACGGGAGGAGCGAGCUGGACUGGCGGCCUCGGGACGGCGGCUGGGACCUCCACGUGGCCAGCUCGGCGUGCGAGUGGCUGCUGGCCGCCGCCUUCUGCGGCUACUUCCUGUCCCUCGUGGGCGACUUCCGGCGGAUCCGCGUGGAGCCGCCGGCCGUGAGCGCGCUGCCUCCGCGGCUCCCCCGCUCACUCCCGGGGGAUCAACAAGCCCCUCGCUGAGUGAACCGGGGUGGAUGGACAUGAACGUCGAAACCAUGUUGUGUAAACAGCGCGCAACACACAAGCUCCCAAUUCAGAGACGAACUUGAGUGUCGGUUAAAAACCCGCGCGCGACGUCCGAUGAAGGUUCUUGGCCGGCGUUGCCCGGACCACGCGCCGUUGGGAGAUUGGCUUCCUCGCGCUGCGUCGUCGUUUAUUUCGCGAAACCGCCACCCGACGAGUACCACGUCAUGGCCGCCUCCCUUCUCCGCCGAGGGAGGAAAUCAGUCGUGCGAUGUACCAACAAACAAAUACCCUUUAGAGAAAUCGGCCAAUCACAAAGCAAAUGUUGCAAAUACUUGAAAUGUCCCAAAAUUUCAGUCCAUUGGAUCCCCCAUGAGUCCUUAUUCCAACAUUAAUAUAAUUAUUGUUCUGAUGUAUCUACCAUAAAUAUUGCAUUAGACUGCCUCCAGACAAAGAACAAAGGCCAAUGAUAUCAAAAAAAUAUAUACGUUAAGCACAUGCAAACUUAAACAAACAAGGAAACUUAGGUAAAAAUAACUUUAAAAUACAUUAUCAAACUAAAGAAAGUAUGUAAAUAGGUAUAAUUUAAAAUUUGAACUUUUGCAAAAUAUGAUAAUCAAGUGGAUAAACAGCUGUUAUUUACAUCAUACUAAGAAACCCAACCAAAUGUUAAAUCUAAUCAUAUAAAAUAAAUAAUUAUUAUUUACAUAAAUGUUUAAGAAUGUGGGGAUAGUAAGAGCCUGGAUUCCUACAUGCUAUACAAAUAAUACAUUCAAAAACUUGCAGAAACAUUGAUCAUUUCCUCUACGGUGUGAUUUCUCUGUUUCAAACGGAAUACAGAAUUCCGAAGUCAGAAUACAGCUUGGUUUCAAAAAGAUCCAGUUAUCUGCAAGUACGAAAAACUGUUCGUUCAUAUGAGGUUAAUCAUUCGUGGGAAAGGCUGUAAACUUACUGAAUUUUCUAACAGUGUAGUUAGGUCCAAAUACCAACAUUAAAAACUCUAGUGGGCCAAUUUGUAUCCUAAAUAUAUUUUUUUUGUACCAACAGAAAAA